AUGGACACAAACGCAGCAUCCGCGGAGCGUGCAGCCCAUGCACGACCCAACCAGCAGGGCCGGAGCUGGACACAAUGGAGUGAACGCUAUGCCGAGCUGACGAAGAAUUGGGAAGCCGAGACAGCGCGCCUCGAAAAGGAAAUUAAGCUAGCGGACAACCCACGCCACCAAGUCCCGUACAGCCUCUGCGAGGUCAGCAAGGCAUACUCCGCGAUCGCGAAGAUCCCAUCGGGCGUUGACAAGAGCGUCUACCCGACGGGCUUCUUCAUUGCCGAGGACGGCUUCCUCCUGACCACCAGCAGUAUCUACCCUACCGCCGACCGGAGCACGACUUUGAGGUCUGCGGGGGCAGCUCCGUUCCCAAUCCCGUUCGUGGAGCCUGACAACGAGUUUGAGACGAUGGAUCCGAUGGUUUUCAUGCCCUUCGGGGACGACAUUGCGUACCCAUCCCCUGUGGUUGUGCGCGACCAUAUCGGCGCUUUAGCGGACCCAUACAGCGAGCUCGCGUCACUGGAGCUAGCCCAACCAAACAGUCUGGACUACGCAAAGGACAUCCUGUUCACCGGCGGUCCCGUCUUGAGCCUGCGCCCCCAUCACUUUGUCGGCGUCGUCUCGAGUAUCGAGCACGAUAGCGUCGUUCGCUUCUGCCCCGUGACUCGUUGCUCGUCCGUGUGGAAGGAAAUCAAGGUGACGAUGGACAAGUAA